UACACGUAUUUUCGUCGCUUAAUUAAACAAUUAAAACCAGACUGGCCACCUCAUCAAAAAUGGAUACACUCUCUCUACCUUUGCUGGAUAAAGACGACCUGCGUUUUCAACUGAAAGUAGAAAACAGGCUGAAAAAUAUUUUUGUAACGCAAUUAGAAGACCACGGUCUUCCUCAUAGCAAAGAAGAGGGAGAAAAUGUCAAACACAUCCCUGUCAUAACAGAGUCAUCUAACAGAAUCCUGAAGACGAGUGUCAACACUCUUCAGAGGACACUAGUCCUAAAGACGCAGGUGCAGCUGGAUGAUGUAAACAAGCAGUUAAUGCAGAAACGUCUCGAGUUCAAAGAUCGCAUGCGGGCUCUGGAACAGAGAAGGGCAGCACUUCUGGAAAAACAGGAAGAAACAAAAGAAAGAGCAGUGAAGUUUGAAAAGUUUGUAGAGGAAAAUGAGAUAAAGCGACAGCGUGCACUGAAGAAAUACCAAUUUGAGAAAAAAGAAAAUCAGCUGAAGGAAGAGGAUAAAUCCAAGCUAUAUGAAGAACUUGAGCAACUUCAAGACAGGCAUCAACAACUAAAAGAUUGGGUUGAUAAAUAUAAGAUUUAUAAGGAGUAUAUGAUAAAGAUUCUAGAUUUACUACCAGAAGCUUAUACAGAAUACAGUUCAGAUUCUACGAUGAUUAGCAUCAUUAGACGGCAUGAGACCUUGUCCAUCACUCGGCAGGACUUGUUGCAUCGUCUCACCAGUUUGGCAGAGGAACUAGACCAGUGCCGACACAACCUGCAGAGCCUUAAACUGGAGCACAGUACAAGUAGACUUGUGUGUAAUAAGGAACUGUCAGAACUGCAGACACAGUUGGAUCACAUCAGAGAGAAGAACAAACAACUUGAGAUGACCCUAUAUAAUCAACAUGACCAGUCCCGAGACCAGACUGAGGAGAUUGGGUGUCUUUUACUAGCAGUGAAAAAUCUUGCACAGCAGUGCCACCUGCAGCACUAUGGACAUUUACAAGAAAUGGACCCGCUGACCAUGAUGGACAUGAUAAAGGAGUUCAUUCUGGAGAUGAUGGAUACAAAGAGAAGAGCACUGCACAUAACUGACUCCAGUUCAGAAUCAACGAAGAAGAGCAAAGGAAGAAAAGGAGCAGCUCUGAGUAUAAACAGCUCAAGGAAAGCUAUUCUAAAGAGCAGUACCAAAAACAGUGAAAAUUAACUGCUGAGCUCCUCCAAGAUGAUUUAAUGAAACACUUUUCUGACUGAUUAUAAGAGACUUCAAUAAAAGAAAAUCAGCCACCACUGAGGUCAACAAUUAAAUCAAUUUUACCAUUUUUAAUUUUGUCUGCAAUAGUUAACACAAUUCAAGUUUAUUGCACAGCGAUGCACAAAUUCAGCACCAAUACAUUUUCAGCAAAGAAAGGAACACGAAACUUACACAAAGAUCAUUAUGUUACAACUGGACAUGAAGUUGGCAUAUUGCUAAGAAAUGUGAUAAUAAUACUAGCAUGUGUUAUUAUUAAAAGACAGAAUAAGAGCAAAGGGCAAAAUUUUUAACUUAUGUUGGUAUUAUGGUGAAAAUAUUGUCUAUCCCUGGAUUUUAGUGCUGUAUUUCAAAUUGUGUUUGGUGCUAAUUUAAAUAUAAGAACAGGUUAAA